AUGGUGCACGAUCUAGUCCAGUGUGUUCUUGAAGGCUGCGAGAUUGCUCCCGGCUUCCUCUUCACGGACGACCUGCGCAAUCAACACGGCGACACCGGCUCCACCAUCGUCUACAAGUCCGACCGCUUUGGCGACCUCUCGCUCACGACCGCCGACCCCAAUGGCGAAGAAGAACGCACACUGUUCAGCCACUACCUCUGGAAUGCUGGCAUCCUAAUGGCCGAGCGCGUUAGCGGCCAGCGAUUGCUCAACGACGAGGAAAAGAAGCAGUGGAGUGUACAAGAUCACUCGGUGCUCGAACUCGGUGCAGGCGUGGGAUUAGUCGGCAUUACCAGUACGCUAGCCGGCGCAAACGACGUGUGCAUCACAGACUAUCCAGCUCAAGUGGUCCUCGACAAUCUCUCCCGCAAUGUAAAGCAUAAUCUACCAGAGACGCUGGCCCCCAAAGCAACAGUGCAAGGUCAUGCAUGGGGCGACUUCUCCUCUGCCUUUGCCGUCUCUCACGCUGCAAAAUUUAGCCGCGUGCUAGCAGCCGACUGCUUCUGGAUGCCCUGGGAACACGAAAACCUGGCGGCGUCGAUGUUGCACUUUCUCUCUGAUUCGCCGGAUGCGCGUGUGCUUGCCAUUGGCGGGUUCCACACGGGAAGAGCAAAACUGGCGGCUUUCUUUGAUGUAGCUGCAGAAAAGGGACUCGAGGUGCAGGAGAUUUACGAAGAAGACGCUGAAGGCGUCAGAAGAGAGUGGGUCAAGGAAANNAAAGACGGAGGGAGGGAAAAUGUCACGGAGAGGAAGAAGUGGCUUACCAUUGCCAUUUUGCGGCGUGCAGGGGAGCAGGGGUAUGAUAGAUCAUGA